AACAAAGUGAGACUCUGUCUCAAAAAAAAAAGAAUAGAAUUGGGAUGGCCUCUCGAUAUUGUAGAUAGAAAAGAGACUUACUGGUAUAAUGUGUAUAUAGGAACUGGGGAGAGGGUUGAGGGUAUCAGAGCUGUGGAACAGUUUUUGGGAUAGAACAGAGGCUUUGGGUUGGGGAAUAGUAUGAGAAGAUAAAAAACUGAAGUUGGUUAAGUUGAUAGACCACUAGAUAUACUCCAGGGAAUGGAUGAUCAAUUUGUGUUUUGCCAAAUAAUUUACUGUAAAGCCUAAAAACUCAACAUAUGUUGACAAAAGCAUGUUUAUUUUAGGUUAGCAGGCACAUACUGUUAAAUGGUUGUAAAGAUUUAGGGGGCAAACAGAUACAAACAUCACGUGGAUUUUUAGGUGAUGAACAGAUUUAGAAAGAUUUAGACAACAAAGACAGCUUCAGAAAAUGACAGGACUUAAUUAAAACAAAGCAUCGCAGGGGAAACAAUGAAAAUGACAGGACUGAGUGGGCAAAUUAACAAAUGGUUGUAAACAUGAAUGUUCAGGCACUACUGAUAUACCUCUAAAUAAAAGUUUUGUUUUAUCAGUUGUAAUCAACCUUGUAGAACAGUAAAAUUGAAGAUAUUUUUCUGAGUGUUGUGGUUUAUGGUCACCUGUUUACACACUGCCAAUGUACUUUUGUAUGCAACAUUUGUAAUAAGUAGAUUCAGAUUGUGUUGAUAAUCAGUCACUCCAGUUUACUUCAGUGGCUGUCUCUUCUUUCUUGUUUUAUAUAAUAAUACUUUUCUUGGACCAUUUCACCUCCUGAGGGGCUUAAUCUCUUCUCUGUAUGUUGAUAACUCCCAAAUCUACAUUUCUAUUUCUGACCUCUUAAUUGAGCCUGGACCUUCACCUCCAAGUGAAUAUUCUCAACUCUGGAUUGGCACCUCUAACUCUGCUUUUCUACAGAAGAAUUUUCUUCUUCUGAAACGUGUUUCUCCUCUGUUUUAAAUUACCAUUAGUUAUUUGUGUAACCAAACCUUGUCAUCAAAGUUUAUCUUUAACCUUGAAAAAUGGACUUUUUUAUUAAUAGAGAACUCCUCUAAUUCCCGCUGCCGCUAUCUCAUUUGAGUCCCUCAUUCUUCCACAGGCAGCAAGUAUUAAAAAAUCAAUAAUUUCAAGAAGUCUGUCAAACUCUUAACGCUCUAACAAGUGGUAGCAUCCAGCCCGGAACUCAAGCGUUUAGCGCUCCCCCCCACCUCCCAUUCAGGGAAUCCAAGGGGGAACCAGACUCAAUUCGUACCUCGUCCCGUAUGAAAUGCUAACUUGAUUUUGCAAGUUCCCUUUGAGGUAUUUAAGCUUCGAGGUCUUCUCCACGAAGACCGCUGAUUAAUGUUUAAGUUGUUAUCUUUUCUUUCUCAUUUGCUUCCAUUGUAACUCCUCAGCUGACAAGAAAAACUGCCCCAUCGGCAGCUGCCAGGAGGCAGUGACGUCACAGCUAGAAUUAACUGACCCGUUUUUUUCGGGCUUCGCGGACCUGGGAGCCCCGACAGCCGAGAGAGAAUGAGUGGGAGGCGCGGCUCCUAUCGUCCAGGGCUGAGUCCUGCGCUGCGAGCCAGAGCAGGCCCUGCCAGCUGCCUCCAGCUGAGACCGCGAGGCGCGUAGCUCCCGCAAAGCCCUGAGGCGGGAGAGUGGGUGUGUGCGUGGGGGGACGGCCAAACUUCCUGUCCCGCGCUCGAGCUGCUUCCGGCGGGAGCCGGAAGAGCUGUGUGUGGACUGAAUUCGGGACCGAUUGACCGACUGCCGGCUGCCCGGAACGGGAAGGUGAGCUGCGAGGUUAAAUUGAUUACCCACCCAGUACAGCAUCUUACAGGAAGAGCAUAGUAUUUCCUAAAGGAAUAUGAGCAUAAAAGGAAGGUGUCAUUGACUCUGAAUUAUAUUUAAACCUGUCCCCUGAACAGCUACAGGAUUUGGAAACUGAAUCAAUGUUAUCAGAUGAGUUAGAAUCCAAACCAGAGCUCCUGGUACAAUUUGUUCAGAAUACAUCCAUCCCAUUGGGACAGGGGCUAGUAGAAUCAGAAGCUAAAGACAUUACUUGUUUGUCCCUCCUUCCGGUGACUGAAGCCUCAGAAUGCAGUCGGCUAAUGUUACCAGAUGAUACUCCAAAUCAUACUAACUCCUCCAAGGAGGUCCCUUCCUCGGCUGUUUUGAGAAGCCUUCAGGUGAAUGUGGGCCCAGACGGAGAAGAGACGAGGGCUCAGGCUGUACCGAAGUCCACAGAGUUUUUGUCCACUCCUGAGUCUCCUAGCUUGUUGCAAGAUCUACAGCCAAGUGAUAGCACUUCAUUUAUUCUUCUUAACUUAACAAGAGCAGGUCUGGGCUCUUCAGCUGAGCACUUAGUUUUUGUACAGGAUGAGGCAGAAGAUUCAGGGAAUGAUUUCCUCUCCAAUGAAAGUACAGACAGUAGCAUUCCAUGGUUCCUCCGGGUUCAGGAGUUGGCCCAUGACAGUCUGAUUGCUGCUACUCGUGCACAAUUGGCAAAGAGUGCAAAAACCAGCAGCAAUGGAGAAAAUGUCCACCUUGGUUCUGGUGAUGGGCAACCCAAAGAUUCUGGGCCCCUUCCUCAAGUGGAAAAGAAGCUCAAAUGUACAGUUGAAGGCUGUGACCGGACAUUUGUAUGGCCAGCUCACUUUAAGUACCACCUCAAAACUCAUCGAAAUGACCGCUCCUUCAUCUGCCCUGCAGAAGGUUGUGGGAAAAGCUUCUAUGUGCUACAGAGGCUGAAGGUGCACAUGAGAACCCACAAUGGGGAGAAGCCCUUUAUGUGCCCUGAGUCUAGCUGUGGUAAGCAGUUCACUACAGCUGGAAACCUGAAGAACCACUUACGAAUUCACACAGGAGAGAAGCCUUUCCUUUGUGAAGCCCAAGGAUGUGGCCGUUCCUUUGCUGAGUAUUCCAGCCUCCGAAAACAUCUGGUGGUUCACUCAGGAGAGAAGCCCCAUCAGUGCCAAGUCUGUGGGAAGACUUUCUCUCAGAGUGGGAGCAGGAAUGUGCACAUGAGAAAGCAUCAUUUGCAGCUGGGAGCAGCUGGGAGUCAAGAGCAGGAGCAAACUGCUGAGCCACUAAUGGGCAGUAGUUUGCUUGAAGAGGCUUCAGUACCCAGUAAAAACCUGGUGUCUAUGAAUUCCCAGCCCAGCCUUGGUGGAGAGUCCUUGAACCUACCAAAUACCAAUUCUAUCCUGGGAGUUGAUGAUGAGGUGCUUGCUGAAGGUUCCCCACGUCCCCUGUCUUCAGUGCCUGAUGUGACACAUCACUUGGUGACCAUGCAGUCAGGGAGGCAGUCAUAUGAAGUGUCUGUCUUAACUGCAGUAAAUCCACAAGAGUUACUAAACCAAGGAGAUUUAACUGAAAGACGGACAUGAGCGUGGGUGCUGACUCCUGGAAGAGCAGUUCUAUCUGAUCUCAGAGUGCGUAUAGUGGGAAUAGGAUGCUGUAGCUCAUGAUCUGCCACAACCAAAAUGAAUCUGUGAAGAACAAGACUUCACUUUUGCCUCUGUUCAUCUUCCCUGGCAUAGAAGAUUGAUGUAAGAGAGCUUUUCUUCUAACUACCAUCUGAUCCAGACAAGGAAUGAAGCAGUGACUGGGGGCUGGGUAACUGUACCUACCUCUCUUCCCACUGCAAAAUUUUGAGAUAGACUUCUUCCAAAGUGAAUUUGAUUAAUGUGUUGGCUGAAAUUUCUCAUUAUGACUGCUGAGAGGAGGUUUUCCUUUGAAGAGUUUUCAUCCCAGACUUGGCUAUCUUUUCACAUGGAUGAAUUAAGUCCUGCCACCAACCACAAAACUUCACCUGGAAGUUGAGCUUUCAAGAUGCCUUGUUGCUUUGAAGAAGGGAGUGAUGUCAAUUCUGUUAUGACAUUCUCCCUUUAGCAACCUGCGUAAGAGACUCUCUGCCACUGGGCUGCAAAAAAUAAAUUACUUGAAUCCCCCCUUGGCCCAGGCUGAGGUACUAUCUUGUCCUGUACACUUCCACUUGGUCACUUUGCUUUCUUUGUUAAUGGAACAUACAGUAGCAUGUUAAGGGGGUUUGUUUUUGUUUUUUUAAAGUUAAAAACCACACAAUUCAGAGCUUCAGCUUCCCUUUAAAUAAAAAAACAGCCCAGUCA